CUCACAUAUAAAUUACACACUUCUCCAUCAUUUGCACUUGCACACACAAUUUUCAAGAUUCAUCAACUUUUUCAAUGCAUAUAAUGCAAGAUUCUACUAUUCGGCAAAGAAAGCAGAUGUUCGCCUCAGACAAUCAUCUUCCACGUGUGCAUUCCACGUCGGAAAACGAAGUGAUUCUUGCUUCCGACAAUCCGAAGAAGCGGGCGGGGAGGAAGAAGUUCCGGGAGACGCGCCACCCUGUCUACCGCGGCGUGCGGCGGCGGAGCUCCGGAAAAUGGGUGUGCGAGGUGAGGGAGCCCAACAAGAAGUCCAGGAUAUGGCUGGGGACCUUCCCCACCGUCGACAUGGCGGCGCGCGCGCACGACGUCGCGGCGCUGGCGCUGCGGGGGCGGUCCGCGUGCCUCAACUUCGCCGACUCCGCGUGGCGGCUGCCCGUCCCAACGUCCACGGACGCCAAGGACAUCAGGAGGGCGGCAGUCCAGGCAGCGGAGGCUUUCCGGCCAGAGUCGCCGGAAAUUGUGUGGUUUGUGGACGAGGAGGAAGUGUUUGGGAUGCAUGGCUUGCUGACCAAUAUGGCGGAGGGGAUGAUGCUGCCGCCACCUCACUACUACGCUGAUGACGUGGAAGUUUCUGCUGACGUGUCGUUAUGGAGCUUUUUAAGUUGAUAUAUAUGUGAAUUAGGAAUAUUCUUUUAUUUCGCACCGUGAUACGUUUUUUUGAAAAUAAGGUGAUCUAAUAAUUGUAAAUGUCAUUUAAUAAAACAAAAUGAUAUUAUUAUGCUUAA